AGUGCGUAGUGAGGCUUCUGGCGACACUAGACGAUCUUCGUUGAGCUGGGGGCGGUUUGGCGGCAAACGGUUGUUUGCUACCGCGGUUAAACGCAGAGAAGAAGAAGAAGAAAGCGGAAGUAGACGGAGCGAGCUAUUAGCGACUAGCACAACAACUUUUAAAAAGUUCUUCCGUGAAGCACACGGCGGUUUUACCGGAACCCCGCGGCAGAGGACGGUCGGACUAACGGAGCGAAGAUGCCGGCGGUGUCUAAGGGGGACGGCAUGCGCGGCCUCGCGGUCUUCAUCUCCGACAUCAGGAACUGUAAAAGUAAGGAGGCAGAAGUCAAGAGGAUCAACAAAGAACUGGCUAACAUCCGGUCCAAGUUCAAAGGAGACAAGGCUCUGGACGGCUACAGCAAGAAGAAGUACGUCUGCAAGCUGCUCUUCAUCUUCCUGCUGGGUCACGACAUCGACUUUGGACACAUGGAGGCCGUCAACCUUCUCAGCUCCAACAAGUACACGGAGAAGCAGAUCGGUUACCUGUUCAUCUCGGUGUUGGUCAACUCCAACAGCGACCUGAUCCGACUGAUCAACAACGCCAUCAAGAACGACCUCGCCAGCCGGAACCCCACCUUCAUGAACCUGGCGCUGCACUGCAUCGCCAACGUGGGCAGCAGAGAGAUGGCCGAGGCCUUCGCCUCUGAAAUCCCCAGGAUCCUGGUGGCGGGCGACACCAUGGACAGUGUGAAGCAGAGCGCGGCGCUGUGUCUGCUGAGGCUCAACCGGACGUCCCCGGACCUCGUCCCCAUGGGGGAGUGGACGGCGCGAGUGGUCCACCUGCUCAACGACCAGCACCUGGGCGUGGUCACCGCCGCCACCAGCCUCAUCACCACUUUGGCCCAGAAGAGUCCGGAUGACUUCAAGACGUCGGUGUUGCUGGCGGUGACCCGGCUCAGCAGGAUCGUCACGUCCGCCUCCAUCGACCUGCAGGACUACACCUACUACUUCGUGGCUGCGCCGUGGCUGUCCGUCAAGCUGCUGCGCCUGCUGCAGUGCUACCCCCCACCCGAGGACACAUCCCUGCGAAGUCGCCUCACCGAGUGUCUGGAGACGAUCCUCAACAAAGCUCAGGAGCCGCCCAAAUCCAAGAAGGUGCAGCACUCCAACGCCAGAAACGCCGUUCUGUUCGAGGCCAUCUCCCUCAUCAUCCACCACGACAGUGAACCCACCCUGCUGGUCCGCGCCUGCAACCAGCUGGGCCAGUUCCUGCAGCACAGGGAGACCAACCUGCGGUACCUGGCUCUGGAGAGCAUGUGCACGCUGGCCAGCUCCGAGUUUUCCCACGAGGCGGUGAAGACGCACAUAGAGACGGUCAUCAACGCUCUGAAGACGGAGAGAGACGUGAGCGUCCGGCAGCGCGCCGUGGACCUGCUCUACGCCAUGUGCGACCGCAGCAACGCCCGGCAGAUCGUGGCGGAGAUGCUCAGCUACCUGGAGACGGCCGACUACUCCAUCAGAGAGGAGAUCGUGCUGAAGGUGGCCAUCCUGGCAGAGAAGUACGCCGUGGACUACACCUGGUACGUGGACACCAUCCUCAACCUGAUCCGCAUCGCCGGAGACUACGUCAGCGAGGAGGUGUGGUACCGCGUCAUCCAGAUCGUCAUCAACCGGGACGACGUCCAAGGCUACGCCGCCAAGACCGUGUUUGAGGCCCUCCAGGCUCCCGCCUGCCACGAGAACCUGGUGAAGGUGGGCGGUUACAUCCUCGGGGAGUUCGGUAACCUGAUCGCCGGCGACCCGCGCUCCAGCCCUCUGGUCCAGUUCAACCUCCUCCACUCCAAGUUCCACCUGUGCUCCGUCCCGACCCGGGCGCUGCUGCUGUCCGCCUACAUCAAGUUCAUCAACCUGUUCCCGGAGGUCAAAGCCACCAUCCAGGACGUGCUGCGCUCCGACAGCCAGCUGAGGAACGCCGACGUGGAGCUGCAGCAGCGGGCCGUGGAGUACCUGCGGCUCAGCUGCAUCGCCAGCGCCGACACUCUGGCCACCGUCUUAGAAGAGAUGCCUGCAUUCCCGGAGCGGGAGUCCUCCAUCCUGGCCAAGCUGAAGAAGAAGAAGGGUCCGGGGAAACUGCCCGAGAACGUCAACGGCAGCGCCGAGGAACCCGCUGCCUCCAGCAAGGCGUCCCCCCCUCCCCCUGUAGAGGUGCAGGCCCCGAACCCGACCCCCCCAGCCGGACACAGCCUGCUGGUGGACGUCUUCUCCGACCAGCCGGCUGCUGCUGCUGCUGCUGCUGCUGCUGCUGCUGCUCCGGUGGAGGACCACCUGUCCAGGUUCAUCUGCAAGAACAACGGAGUUCUGUACGAGAACCAGCUCCUGCAGAUCGGACUGAAGUCCGAGUACCGCCAGAACUUAGGUCGGAUCUACGUCUUCUACGGCAACAAGACGACGUCUCAGUUCCUCGGCUUCAGCACCGCCGUGAGCAGCAGCGACGUCCUGAAGACUCAGCUGAACGUCCACGCUAAAGCCGUGGAGCCCGUCAUCGAGGGCGGAGCUCAGCUCCAGCAGAUCCUGAACAUCGAGUGUGUGACGGAGUUCUGCGACGUACCCAUGCUCCACAUUCAGUUCAGAUACGGUGGAACUUUGCAGAACAUUGAAGUCAAACUUCCUGUGAUGCUGAACAAGUUUUUUCAGCCCACAGAGAUGACAUCCCAGGACUUCUUCCAGCGCUGGAAGCAGCUCGGAGCACCCCAACAGGAAGUCCAGAAAAUCUUCAAAGCUCAGCACCCGAUGGACACGGAAGCCGCCAAGGCUAAGCUCUUGGGGUUCGGCGUGGCGCUGCUGGAGGGUGUUGAUCCGAACCCCGCUAACUUCGUUGGAGCCGGCAUCAUCCACAGCAAGAACACUCAGGUGGGCUGCCUGCUCAGGCUGGAGCCCAACACGCACGCACAGAUGUACCGCCUCACCCUCCGGACCAGCCGGGACUCGGUCUCCCAGAGACUCUGUGAGCUGCUGUCAGAACAGUUCUAGACGUCCAUGUCUUUGCUCGCCGUUCUCCAGUCUGGAGAGGAUUCGCUCCGCCGCGGACUCGCCGUCUUUACCUGCUUCACAUGGAAGCAGAGGUGUUUGUGCACACUGCCUUACUGAGGAGUCACAGCUUUAAAUGUUUGUGUUUUCACACCGAGCACCUUAGUCAGAGCGUCACAGGAGAAGCGAGAAGCUUCUGGAUUCUCUGAACCUCCACAUCUAAACUGACAGAAACGUGCAUCAGAAUUUGCAUUUAUUCCUUUAAGGAAAGGUAAAAUAAAUGACUGGAUUUUCACAAAUGUUAGAACAUUUGAUGACAUUAAAUUGUGUGAUGUGGGCGGGGCUUCUCAUAGUCUGAGCAGGGAUUGGUUAGAGGGAUGUUGUGGUCAAAGCUUUCAGUGAUGCUGCAUGUUUCAAGUGUUGAUUCUAGACGAAUGAAUGUGGGUCUGGAUCAGGGGUCGGCAACCUUUCACAGUCACAGAGCCAUUUGGGAUCGUUUUCUACCGAUCCAAACCGGGAAGGAGCCGCAUAGAUUUACUUUAGCCUUUAGGAAAUUUGGAUUUGUAUUCUGUCGUCUUUUUUAAAUAAUAAAUAUGAAUGGCACAUAUUUUUGGUACGAACAAAAGCAAAAAUAUAAAAAUAACAUAGCAUCUCUCAAAGUGUAUUUUUUUUGUUGACAUUUGACAGAAGCUCAAAUAACUUUUCAAAAUAAAAGCUGCUCUGUGCCAAACAGGAUCAUCUCAGUGCAGCUCUGGGCUGCUGGUAACCAUGUUGUGCUUUUACCAAAGUUUAUCUUUGCAUAUAAAAUCUGUUCAUUCUGGAGGUAGAGCUGAUCAAACCAGACGUCUUCAGGUCAACAGGAUGUAAAAACCUCCAGAGUUUAUCAUCUAUGUGAACCUCAGACAUCAAUUUAUACAUUUAAUCUAAAUUAAAUAAAUGAUAAUUAAGUAAUCUUUAGUUUAAAAAAUGCUAUUUUAUUUUAGUUAUAUGUAUUUUUGCUCUUUAUCCCCUCAGCAGUCUCACACUUCUGGGUUUUAUUAUUUUAGUUUGGGGUUUGGUAGUCUUAGUUUGUGGGCUUUGUUUGUUUUCUUUAGGUAGUUUUGUUUAGGUGGAGCUGCUGACUCUGUCGACAUGCUGGGUCAGCAUCUCCAUGAUUAUUUUAUGUUUGUCUGAGGAUCCACCCUGGAGAGAUAAAAGAGACGUAUGUGGAUCUGCAGGUUGCAGACUCCUGAUCUAGACUAUGGCCCCGCCCUCUUUCUGAUGUUUUUAUAAGAAAAAAGAGGAAAGGUGCAGAAACAGGUCUGUUUGUCUGUGAAUGAGUGUGAAUGUGUUCUAGUUCUUCACCAGAGCCUUCAGACCUCCAGCAGCGGAGGACGUUCCUGCACAGAACCGUUCUGCUCCGGUCUGGUCCGAGACUCCAACGUCUUAAAGCACUUUGUCUGUCAGACCUGAAGGUCGGCGCGUUCACUCACUGCCAUGACGUCUGUCGCUGAUGUGCCUGGAAAAGAAAUGUUCUGAGGCGAAUCGGCCUGAACGUUUGGACCUGAGGGAGGUUCUUCCUGUUAAAGUGUCCUUAAGUUUGUUUAUGAACUUUUUUAAGUGUUUGUUUAAAAACAUUUCUGUCGUUUUAUUGUGUUUUUUCUCCUUUUUGUCUUCAAACGUUUGUUCAACGGUUUAAGGUCAAUAAAUUCACUUUUACUGAGUUUA